AUGGAGAUGGAGCUCUCUGUUAAAGCAGCCAUCCAGUCUCAGUUAGAUGGUGUACGGACUGGACUGACCCAGCUGCACAGUGCCCUGCUGGAUGUCAAAGACAUCCAGAGCUCUCUGGCUGAUGUGAGUAAAGACUGGAGGCAAAGCAUCAACACUAUUGAGAACUUAAAGGAUGUGAAAGAUGCUGUGGUUCAACAUAGUCAGCUGGCCUCUGCUGUGGAAAACCUCAAAAACAUUUUCUCAGUGCCAGAGAUUGUGCGGGAAACACAGCAGCUGAUCGAGCAGGGCGAGCUGCUGCAGGCCCACAGGAAGCUGAUGGAGCUGGAGUGUUCACGAGACGACCUCAUGUACGAGCAGUACCGUAUGGACAGCAAGAACACCAGUGACAUGAACCUCAUCUCGAUCUACUUUGAAGAUGUUCAGGGAUUAUCAGAUGAGCUUGCCAAGCAGUUAUGGAUGGUACUGCAGAGGUCCAUGGUUACUGUUCGCCGGGACCCAACCAUGUUGGUGUCUGUGGUCCGGAUCAUUGAGCGGGAGGAGAAGAUUGAUAGGCGGAUGGUUGACCGAAAGAAACAGAGUGGCUUCAUCCCACCUGGAAGACCCAAACGGUGGAAGGACAAGAUGUUUGAGGUCUUGGAGGGUACUGUCAGCACUCGCAUUGAGGGCACCCAGGCAGUGACCAGAGAGGUGGAUAAAAUGUGGUUGGUUCGUCUGCUGGAAAUAACAAGGAAAUAUGUACUGGAUGAUCUUAUUAUUGUCAAAAAUCUCAUGGUGCAGUGCUUCCCCCCACACUACAACACCUUCAACAGAUUUUUCAGCCUCUAUCACAACGCUGUGUCCUCUCGUGUUAAGGAACUGGCCUCAGAUGACUUGGAGGCGAAUGAAAUUGUAUCUCUUCUGACCUGGGUUCUCAAUACAUACAAAAGCGUCCAACUUCUCGGGCACAUGUUUUUGUGUUGUGUCAUGUCUUUUACGGACAUCAGCCAACUUCUGCCUCUCCUCAGGAAGGAGGAGGUGAAGAUGCUCGUAAGUAAGGUAGUGGCAUGUCAAGUUUUCAUUUUUAUACCAUUUGGAUGUUUUCAGUCUAAUAUAACUGGCUGGCUGCGAAAAGCUCUGGACACUGAUAAAAAGGACUGGCAGAAAGAAACGGAGCCUGAGGCGGAUCAAGAUGGAUAUUACCAGACCACACUGCCAGCCAUCGUCUUUCAGAUGUUUGAGCAGAAUCUGCAAGUUGCUGCUCAGAUUGAUGGAGACUUCAAAGAACAAGUUCUCAAGCUGUGUCUGAAACAAAUGAACUCCUUCCUUAUCAGGUACCGUGAGGAGGCGGUGGCGUACAAAGAGGAGCACCUGAGAGACCGACAGCUGCCUCAGUGUUAUGUUCAGUAUAUGAUAGCUAUUAUCAACAACUGCCAGACAUUCAAAGAGUCCAUCAACAGUCUGAAAAGAAAGUACUCCCAGUCGUCAGAGCUCAGUGACAGUGACUCUGUUAUCGAAAGGACGCUUAACGAGGUGGCCAAGGACGGCUGUCAGUUCCUCUUAGAUGAAGUCUUCCUGGACCUGGAAAACCACCUGAAUGAGCUAUUAACCAGGAAGUGGUUGAUUGGUUCACAUGCUGUGGACACCAUCUGUGUGACGGUGGAGGAUUAUUUCAAUGACUUCAACAAAAUCAAAAAACCUUUCAAUCAGGAAAUGACGAAUGAUGCUUUGCGCAGGGUGGUGAUUGAGUACAUUAAAGCAGUUAUGCAGAAGAGAAUUGCUUUUAAAAAUGCUGAAGAGAGGAAAGAUGGAGCUGAGAGGAUGAUCAAGGAAGCUGAACAGUUCAAGUUCCUCUUCAAGAAACUGGCAGCGGGUGAAGGCACAGACCGACUUUGUGGUGCCAUUGCUGCAAUCGCUGAAGUAUUCAAGCUGACUGAUCCCACCCUGUUGUUCCUGGAGGUCUCCACUUUGGUUUCCAAGUAUCCUGAUAUUAGGGAGGAGCACAUCCAGGCACUGCUUGCAGUGCGUGGCGACGCCAGCAGAGAAAUGCGGCAAAUGAUCAUCGGAACCCUCAGCGAGAACAAAGUCUCCUCCACCAGCGUCAUGCAGCCCAUAUUCAAAGACAUUACCGUUCCCACCAUCACCAUGACAACCAUGACCUCUAUGGCAACUGCAAAGCUGCUAAAAUAAAGACACACACUGACACUACUUCCAUUUCCAUUACAUUAACACAGAUUAAUUCAUCUGAUUGAUGCUGUCGUGUUUUAUUUUUUCUACUUUUUGUUUUCAGUUCAUCUUUAAUCGACAUGGCAGUUGCUUCAGUAAGACAAACACAAUAAAAGCUGAUCUGUAAAAAAGAAAAUGCUAAUGUUUGUAGUUGGAAGAUGAAGCGUUUAAAGAUUUGUACAUCUGCAUUUUCCUCUUAUUGCACCUCUUCAGUACCAUGUUUAUUUUUGUUUUUAAUUUUCUUC